AUGGAACUUAAUUCGCUUCUAAUUCUGCUGGAGGCUGCAGAGUACUUGGAAAGAAGAGACAGAGAGGCAGAGCACGGCUAUGCCUCGGUUUUGCCCUUCAGUAGCGACUUCUCCAGGAAGAAGACGAAAAGCUCGCCGAUAAACAGAAAAAGUCCGAACAAUAGAUCGUCGCACAAUGAGCUGGAGAAACACAGACGCGCCAAACUACGACUGUACUUGGAGCAGCUGAAGAAGCUGGUGCCUUUGGGUCCAGACAGCACCAGACAUACCACAUUGAGCUUGCUGAAAAGGGCCAAGAUGCAUAUUAAGAAGCUAGAAGAGCAAGACAGGAAGGCUUUAAAUAUGAAGGAGCAGCUGCAGAGAGAGCACCGCUACCUCAAACGCCGCCUAGAGCAGCUCUCAGUGUCAGGAUCUGUGGAGCGCAUCCGCACUGACAGCAUGGGCUCCACCAUAUCCACCGACUCUGAGCAAGAGGUGGACAUCGAGGGUAUGGAGUUCACCCCUGUCGAAGUCGACAGCGUGGGGAGCAUCAGCGAUCCUGAGGAAGAGGAGGUGGAGGACGAGGAGGAGGAAGACCACUACAGCCUCCAAAGCAGCUCCAGCGACACCAGCUACACAGCCCCACAUUCCCACAGACUGCAGCCCCACCACAGUUAG